AGAAGGGGUUAUAGUAUUUUUCACUUUCAAGUUCUUGGUUCUAACCUGGUUUUCCUCUGAACGAUCCAACUCUCUCGAAUAAUCUCUGCAAGGGUUUUACUUCGAACUCUUCUCUUUCCCCCUCUCUCAGUAGAAACGACAAACCCCCUUUUCUCCACUCUAAAUCCUUCCACCCUCUGAGAAGAAAAAUCAAUGGGUGAAAGAGACAUUUAUGUACCUCCUUCUACUGGCAUAGCACCAGUAGUUUGGACUGAUGUUUCUUCUUUACUUGAAGCUGCUUGCCAAGAUCUUGAAGAGGGUGAGCUAAUUCAUGGGGAGAAUUUCAGUCUAUUUGCUGCUAUGUCUGCUUUGGAGAUAAUGGACCCAAAAAUGGAUUCAGGUAUUAGAAACAGUGGAUAUAAUUCAGUUGACGAAGCUAUUGAGAAUGGCGUUGCCCCAAUUCCGUUUAGUUCUGUUAGGACUGUUGAUGUUCAGUGCUCACUCGACGUCAUGGAUCAUCUUUUAGCAUGUGAGGCGACAUGGCAUAAAGGUCAUUCACUGGCGCAAACUGUCUUUUCUUGUAUCUAUGUUCUGAGACUUGAAAGGACAUCAUCACAUUCUCUACUACAUUCAUAUUGUAGAGUCAUUCGUGCUACUUGCAAUGCUGUUAUUUCGGUUGUUUCUGAUGCACGUACCCAUGAGGAAGAAGAUCUUUUCACAAUGGCAUAUGGUCUAACUCUGAAAGGGGAGGGGGAUGAUAAAUGCUUAUCAAUGCUAAAUGCUGUAGAAGAAACCAUUUCUCGGCACCUACGUGCUUGCAAAGCCACCACAGCUAAGAAAAGAGUGGCAGAAGAUAUAGAACCUUUACAAGAUGAUCCUGACCUGGAAGAAGGAUACUGCAAAGCUUUGCUGUGCCGUAUACGCUUUCGUAAGCACUUUUACCAUGUUCUGAUGUCUAUGAGGAAGCCUCAAGGAAGAGGUCUGGAGCUAGCUAGGAAACAUAUAGCUGCUUGCUUAACAGAACUAAAAUGUAUGCUCAAAUCGUUAGAGUUUCUUAGAUCUACUACAUCCGAAUCUCUUAAAGAUGAUACUGAAGAUAUGACGACGGCUUCUGGUUGUCAACCUAUUGGUUUUGAUGCCAGUAUAAACAAUAGAUUGUCGGCUCCUAUUCCUCCCCGCUCAAUUAAAAUUCUCAGUUGGAAAAAGGCUAUUGAAUAUUUUGAGAAGCUUCUACAUGAUCUUGAUGUUAUAUGUUCCUUCUCGCUGAAUCCACUUUUUGAAGACAUUUUGCGUUUUGUCGUUCGGUUUCAAAAGCUCCAACCUGAUUUGGUUGCUAGAGCGCAUCUGCAGGUUCUAUUGGUUCAAGAUGGGAAGCUUUAUGGACGAGAUACUAUAUUUGAUGUGAUUUCUAGAGCUGCAAAAUUACCUGAAGUCCCAAAAAACUAUAACGUUCAGAAUAAUGAAUUCGUUGUACAACUAGGGCAGCUUGUGACGAACUUGCUUAAAAUCCUCUGUACAAAUGCUGCAUGGCAAAGACGCAAGCUUGGGAAAGUUUUACAAGAUUGGAGUGUCACCUCUGUGCAGCUGGAGAUGGUCUUCAGGAGAGAGUUUGGAGAGAUACCAAGCAUUUCAGCGGAUGAGAACAUAUGCAUGAAAUUGUCAAAGCAUCUGCUUAUUUGGGCCGAGGAACAAACAUUCUGGAUUGCUUCUCGGUUUCUCAUGUUGGGAUUUGAGUUGGAGCUCUAUUCCCCCAAUGAUUACUGCAUGGUAUACUGGUACAUGUAUGUUAUCUUGAUCAAACUCUCAGAGAAAGCACAAGUCAAGAUGGUGCCAAGUAGUGAUGCUGUUACACGGAAGGGAAAGAAGAAAAGAGAUCACUCGAAGGAUAUUGUUAGAGAGCCUCCAAUCCCACCCUCAAUCCUUCUGCUUCAGUGUUAUAUAUACCUCGCCGAAGGACUCACCAUGAUGCUUGCUGCUCUGAGGAACGAGCAUGAUGCCUUCAAAAAACCUGGGGUUUUUAAUACCGAGCAAGAGAGAUUCAUUCAACAUUUCGACUUUCUUCAGAAAGCACAUGUUCCUGAUAACAUCACAUAUCUAAUGUUUUCAGAAUCAACUCUCCAAGUUCACUUCUCUACACUAGUAAAGUACAACUACUUCAGAGAUGCUCAAAAAAUUGCUAAAGAACUGAGAGGUAGUUUCUCCAGUGAUCCAGAUAUGUUAGCCGAGCUUAAGCAAAUUGAACAAGUAGCUGAGUACAACUGGGUUGCUCUCAAUGUCAUCGGUCAAGCCGGGGCAAACGACCCAUCUCUCAAAAUCUCUUUCGAGUUCAAUCACCAUCCAUGCUUUGCUGUUGCUGUUGUUAAAAGAUCAUGAAGGAUAAACUUGCUGUUUCCUAGCAUCCAAUUUUGAAGCAAUUUGGUAUAUUUUAGGAUUCAAUUUUUUGUUUUUCUACUUAAAAAACCAUAGGGAAAUUUAUUUGUUAGUGUUAGCAAUUUCUUCCAUGAAAUGAAAUGUAUGUGAAAAUUCCUUUAGCUGUAAUUUAUCUAUUUGUGGUCCAUUCUGCAACAAUUA